AUGGGUGAGAUAUCGAGUGAAAUGAAGAGUGUUCCGGUGGAAAACGAUGUCGUAGACCAGAAUUCCGAUGAGUUUAGGAGAUCUGUGUUAGGAAAACAAGUGUUGGCAGCUGGUCGAGGUGAUCAUGUCAAUGGCCAGCAGCUGCUUCACCAAGGUGAUGAUAAUAACACAUUUCUUGCUUCGCAAGAAAUCCAUGGAAAUCCUACUGUUUUUAAGGUUGAUGAUGAUGUUGGUAACGAGGGAGUGCAAAAGAUGAAGGAGAAGCCUAAGCUUACAUUGACUAAAGAUAAUAAACCUCGCCUUCGAUGGACUAAGGAACUCCAUGCUUACUUUGUUGAUGUUUGCAAUCGCCUUGGUGGCCCUCAUAGAGCAACGCCAAAGGCCGUCCUGGACCUGAUGGAUAUCGAUGGACUCGGUGUUCGCCAUGUCAAGAGUCAUUUACAAAAAUACAGACUGGGCAGAUAUGCAGACAAGGAGUCGACUGAGGCAGGCAAUACCGGAGUCUCAUUCUCUCAAGUUGCUGGAAGUUCAAGCAGUGUUACUCCUUCAAACUCGAUACCGUAUGAUAACAGGAGAGGCAGAAGAAACUCGAAAAACGGAAAGGGAGAACUCUAUCUGAAACUUGAGGUUGAGAAGCAUGCUCAAAGGUGUCUAGAAGCACAAAGAAUGUACCUAUACAAUGCACUGGAACGCGCGUGCAAGAAGUUCGCCAAUCAGUAUAUAGGCAGUGGAACCACGGGAAACACAGUCCUAUAUAGGCAAGCACCGGCUGGUUUAGGAAAUUUCACGACUAUACAGGCUGGUCCAUCUGGUUUCGGAACAUCAGCCACGACAAUGCCACCGUUUUAUUUCAACCAGCAGAAUGCAUCUGGUUUCGGAACAUCGACCACGACACUGCCACCGUUUUAUUUCAACCAGCAGAAUGCAUAUCCAGCGUACAACAAACCAACAACUCUGGCCAGUCUCGGCAAUCAACAGCUACCUUUUGGAUGUCAGCAACAAGCAGCUUCUUUUCACGCUGCACCUCAGGGGGGUUUCUCAUCUUCAUCCGGCUAUUCUGGAAGUUCAUCGCAUCAAAAUACUUUGCCCGGAGUUGCUAGCCCCAUGGACUGGCCUGAUGAUGAGGACCAAAUAAGAGCCUUACUGAACUGGGAUGAUGAUGAACCAAAGAACCUCGAUAAAGCCUUGUAA